AAGCCCAGAAAAAAAGCAGUGGAAAGCUCUAGUAACAGUGACAGUGAUUCGGGCUCCUCUUCAGACACCACAAGUGAAGGCAUUAGUAGUAGUGACUCCGAUGAUUUAGAGGAGGAUGAAGAGGAGGAGGAGGAGGACCAGAGUGCUGAAGAGAGUGAAGAUGAUGAAUCUGAUUCUGAAAACGAAGCACAUCACAAAAACAAGAACAAGGUGCUAAUGCAUAGUGGCGUAACAGAUAUGAAAACUGAUGAACAAAAACAACAUGAAAAGUCUCAAGAAAAAAGAACACACCAGCAGAUACCUCUUGUGUCUGAUUCCCAGACUCACUCAUCAUUCCAGUCCCAGCAGAAGCAGCCUCAGGUUUUGUCACAGCAGCUUCCAUUUAUUUUCCAAAGCUCUCAGGCAAAGGAGGAAUCUGUGAACAAACACACAAGUGUAAUACAGUCUACGGGAUUGGUUCCCAAUGUGAAACCUUUGUCUUUGGUACAUCAAGCCAAAAAGGAAACCUAUUUAAAACUCAUAGUUCCUUCCCCUGAUCUACUCAAAGCAGGGAAUAAAAAUACCUCUGAGGAAUCUAUCUCUUUGACCAGCGAUAUCAGAUCAAAGCGGGAACAAUAUAAACAGACAUUCCCAGCAGCACAUCUAAAGAAACAGGAAUCAUCUAAGAACCUGAAGAAGGUUAUUGCAGCUUUGUCAAGCCCGAAACCGACACCUUGUUCACCAGCUCAUCAAAAACUCACAUCCUUGGAAAACAACCAUUCUAAUCCAUUCCUGUCAAAUGCACUUUUAGGUAAUCACCAACCCAAUGGAGUUAUUCAGAGCGUCAUCCAGGAAGCUCCUCUUGCACUUACUACGAAACUGAAAUCCCAGACCAAGAUCAACGAAAGUGUAGCCAUUUCUAGUAGCACCCCCUUUUCUUUGCCAGUAAACUUGAGUGCAUGUGGGAAAAAAACAACUGGUAACCGGACACCUGUCACGCCCUCUACCUCUCCUGUGUUACCUGGUUCAGGAAAGGAUAAACCAGUCAGCAAUAAUGCAGCAAAUGCAGUAAAAACAGAACACCGCCUUCAUUCUGCAAAAUUGGUUGUGGAGCAGUUCAGAGGGGUGGACUCAGAUGCCCCCAGCAGUAAGGACUCUGACGACUCAAAUGAUGACGAUGACGACGAUGAAGAUGAAGAUGAGGACGAUGAAGAUGAUGAUUCUGAUGAUAGCCAAUCAGAGUCUGACAGUAAUUCUGAGUCGGAUACAGAAGGGUCUGAGGAUGAAGAUGAUGACGAUAAAGAUCAAGAUGAAUCAGAUACAGACACUGAGGGAGAAAAAACUCCACUGAAACUGAAUAAAACUUCAUCCUCUGUGAAAAGCUCUUCCAUUGGUCUUGCAGCUCAUUCCACACCGCUCAAUCUCCAAGUAGCAAAGACCCCAAGCUCUGCACCAGCUGCCUUAUGUCCUGAGUCCCAGCCUGCGGUGUUUCUUGGGACAGCACCAUCUACUCUUACACCAAGUACACACUGUGGUAUUUCAAAAAGACGAAGAGUAACAGAUGAAAGGGAGCUGCGUGUUCCUCUGGAAUAUGGCUGGCAAAGAGAAACCCGAAUAAGAAACUUUGGUGGUCGUCUUCAAGGAGAAGUAGCAUAUUUUGCACCUUGUGGAAAGAAGCUAAGACAGUAUCCUGAAGUAGUAAAGGGUGUGCAGUGGUGUCUUCUGAAGGAAGAGGAAGUCAUUCCCCGUAUCAGAGCUAUGGAAGGGCGUAGAGGACGACCACCAAAUCCAGACAGACAGCACUCUAGAGAGGAGUCAAGAAUGAGACGACGCAAAGGCCGACCUCCGAAUGUUGGUAGUUCCAAAUUUCUAGAUAACACCGACGCAAAGCUUUUAAGAAAGCUCCAGGCGCAAG